GUUUGUUUGCCUCGCUCACAGCGACGAUGAGCUCUCUGUCGUAGUUUUCAGUGAUUAUUGACAGAAGAUGUGUCGCUAUUUUCUCUACAAACUCACAGCUGCUGCAGCUCUGUUCCUCUGCACUCCACCAGCAGGUACGUUUUUACACGUUCAUGUUUUUAUUUGAGAUGAAGAUGAAACUAGAUGAGAAACUUUCAACCCUAAUCCUGCUGAUUGUUGUGUUUUUGUUUCCAUGUCUUGUUAUCCAUGAUCAUUUAAAAGCAGCAUUUCCUUUUUUUGAUUUUAUUUUUGCUUAAAAAUCUUUGUAUAAGUUGCUUUUCUGAAACUAUGUUGUUGUUCUAGGGCGUGUGCAGCCAAUGAAAGCCAAGUGGCAAAACAGGAAAAUGAGAUUAUUACUAUUUUCUGAUUGUUUUAUAGCGGUUAAACUCUCACAAACUUAGUCACAGGGUGAGGCCUCUGCACAAACCUGCAGGACAGACUGGAUUCUGUUUGCAGCAUGUCUAUUGUAUGUCUGCUAACUCAUGCUAAUGACUCUAUAAUGGUUGUAACUCACCAGAAAUGUUUAUUUAGAGGAUUGUACCCAACAUGACAAUUGCAUUCACAUACUGUAUAUUCAUUCACACAUGCACAAAACAACUAAAAUUAAAAGACUGAGCUGCACGUGUGAACACAAGAAGUCUAAAAUUUUCACCUCAAAUUUGUGCAGAAAUUUUGUAGCGAUGUUUGCACCUGAAUAAAUAAAAAUAUAAAUGAAAAACAUAUCCUUCUUCAGAAACCCAGAUCUCAAAUUGUGUGUAAUCGUUGUGUUUUUGUUUUCACAGAUGGAUAUGUGCACCAGAUGAUGUAUGACUGUGAGUACGGUGAAGAUAUCUCAGACAUGCUCUUCUUGGUGAAAAACGUUUACAACCAGGAGCUCCUCACUCUCUACGACUCUCGGGUCGGGAAGUACGUCGGCUUCGGAGAAUUAGGGAUGAAGAACGCGGACCAUUAUAACUCCCAAGGUUGGAAAAUGUGGUUAAGGAGGAUCCAAGUGGAGACGGUCUGCAGAUACAACGCUCGACUCUUCAUGAAGAGCACACUGGACAGAAAAGGUGUGUUUGUUUUGUUUUCAUGGAAAGACAGACGAUUAAAAUCAGGAUUUAAGUCAUGAGCUUAAUUCUGUUCGAAGGAAGCGAUUCUUCUCUCUCUCCUUUCUUUAAUUAAAUGACUCGGAGGAAACUCUUUAGCCUCUGACUCGCUCUCUCUGGACUCUGCUUGAAGGUCAUUGAACCAAUUUUGUGCUCUAAUCAUUUCUUCGCUCCAGUGCCUCCGGUUGUCAGAGUCCGUCAGACCGAGCCGGCCGACUACGGGGAGCGCUCCAUGCUGGAGUGCAGCGUUUGGGGCUUCUUUCCUCAGGAAGUGUGGGUGACCUGGCUGAGAGACGGGGUGGAGGUCACUACAGACGUGACGUCCACUGAUGUCUUGGCCAACGGGGACUGGAGCUUCCAGCUGCACUCGUACCUGGAGUUGAUACUGAGGAAAGGGGAGAGGGUGACCUGCAGGGUGGAUCACAGCAGUCUGGAGCGGAGCCUGGAUGUGGACUGGGGUAAGGACAAGAGACCACAAAGCAGGGUUCAGCUGAGAGUAAAGGUAUCACUCUGUCCACAAGGGGGCACCAAAACAGUCACAAACUAGAAGCCCCUCACAGCAGCUUUCAUUCAGGUCAUCCACAGUGAACUUUUUAACAUUUCAUUUACUGCAAGGUCAUCAGGAGGUCACUAUGUCGUGUUUAAUCCUCUAGAGGAGCAGCUUCUUGAGCAGUUUUUCUAUUUAAAGGCAUCAGACUGAGUAUAAAAUGUUGUUUUCUUUACAUCAGGAGCAUUUAAAAGUGCAUUUUCACAGGGCACCACCUCGCCUUAGCUUCUCAUGGAGGUUAUAAAUUGAAAUGUGUCACUCAAAAGCACGACGGUGGUGUUAUUUUUCAGCACAGCUGCAGGAGGAGGACACUGCAAGACGGUGUAUAAAUAGCACGCGGUUAAAAAUGAGUGUUGACAAUGUCAGAUCUUGAUUGCAGUGUGAUUAAUGUGUGUUUCCUGACAGUGAGGAUGAAUUCAGUCAGCUCCAGCUUCAGGUUUUUAAUUAUUCUCAGACGUAUCUGUGAUGGGCUGUGAUACAGUUAUGAUCGCUGUGACCGUGGGAUGAGUUUAGAUGUGAGGAGAAUCUUAAAAACGCAGAUUUUUUUAGUUUUUUAGAUUUUUUUAUCUGAUCCGCUGACUGACAUGAUCCCUGUCUCUUACAGACACUUACCCUCUGGACUCUAAACGCCUGAAGAUGACAGCGGGGAUCGUCUGCUUCUUCAUGGGCUUCACUGUAGCUACAGGUGGAGCGGCUUACUACUGGUGGAAAAAGAAGUGUGUGUCGAAUCUUUAUAACAGAAACUUUUCUGUUACGUUUCCAAAGAUUUCACAGAGGUCAUACACUAAAACUGAUCAGGAUUCAUGUUGUCUUCUUCUUCUUCUUCAGGUCUGACUUCAGUCCAGUACGCAGAGAAGAUCCAACGUCUGAACAGUUAUGAGAGUUUUUAAGAUUUUGAGGAAACAAGAACUUUUAAAUCUUUUUGUUUUUAAAAGGGUCUUUUUAUUAUUAUAACCUACAGAGAAAACAAGACAGAUAAAUCUGUUCUGUAUCAUUAUUUUGAUGUCUGAAACUGCAGGUGGAGGGUAAGUCAGAACAAAAACCCAGCCUUUCUGUCUCUGUUUUUUUAUAAUUGUACAUUUCCUAUGGUAAAUAUUUCCCAUGAGUCACACGACUGUGAAUGCGUCAUGAACUCAGUGGCACCAUAUGGAGGACAUGACCUCGCUGGUUGCCAAGUUCCCUGGUCUUUAAGAUAUGUUCAGUCAUGUGAAUAUUUAAAUAUAUCCAGUCCGUCAGUUUUUUUCUUACCUGUACAUGUAAAUAUAGAGAAUAAUGAUAUUAAAACAGUGUCAAAGUUUUUAAUGUGGAUCAGGAUGUGAAGCUCGGUGUCUACAAACUUUUUUAGUGACAUCCUUUUCUUCCCUUUAGAUGGACUUUUAUUAAGUAAAUAUCAGUAUUUUUUAUUUUAUUAUAGAAAUCAAGUGUAAUGGUUUACAGGUGAGACGAAAUAAAUCUAUAUAAUAAAUAUAAAAAUAUAAAUAUAUUUUUUAUGAGUUCUGUUUAUCAUUCUUGGACGGUCCUUCAAAACAAUCAAUUCCAAGACAAUAAAACUGAAAUGCCUCUCUACUGCUGGACCAUAACCUGCGAACUAAACUGUUAAAGUCA